AUGGCUGCCAGCUUUGCGCGCGCAGGUCUCGUCUCUACCGAUACAUCCUCUACCAUUGGCAGCAUGGCCUCCCAAGCAGAUGGCACCCCGGGCCACUCUGAUGCCGGCUCCGGCAGCGGAACCCCCAACUCUUCGCCUCCCGCCUCGAGACCUCGCAGCCCCGAGCUGAAGGGAGAGUCAGUCAGCGCUCCCGAUCUGGAGCCUCUCGAGCCCAUGAACGUCAAGAACGUCUGCUUUGUCGGUGCUGGAUUCGUGGGUGGCCCAACUGCCGCUCUGAUCGCUCUUCACAACCCCGACCUCAUCGUAAACGUCGUCGAUCUCAACGCCGACCGCAUUGCCGCUUGGAACUCUCCUCACCUGCCCAUCCACGAGGCCGGCCUCCCCAAGAUCGUUCGCAUUGCCCGCGAUGGCACCAACGACACGACCGCCUUCCUCCCGUCCAUUGGCAAGUCGCUCAAGCUCGGCUCUCGCAAGCCCAACCUCACCUUCACGACCGACGUCCAGCGCUGCAUCGCUGAGGCCGACAUCGUUCUCAUUUGCGUCAACACCCCUACCAAGACGUACGGUCUCGGUGCUGGCUACACUGCCGAUCUUAGUGCCCUCGAGGGAGCCAGCGAGACCGUGGCCAAGUAUGCAAAGAACGGCGCCGUCAUCGUGGAGAAGAGUACCGUUCCCACCGGAACCGCCCGCAUGAUCAAGGAGAUUAUGGCACAGUACCAGCCCGAUUCGGAGUUCGAGAUCGUGUCCAACCCGGAGUUCCUCGCCGAGGGAACCGCCGUCCGUGACCUGAUGCACCCAGAUCGUAUCCUGAUCGGCAGCUCUACGACGCCUGCCGGUAUCCGCGCUGCCAAUGGUCUCAAGAGCGUCUACGCUGCGUGGGUUCCCGAGAACAAGAUCUUGACCGUCAACACCUGGUCAAGUGAGCUGACCAAGCUUGUUGCCAACGCCAUGCUUGCCCAGCGUAUCAGCAGCAUCAACAGCAUCAGUGCCCUCUGCGAAGAGCUCGGCGCUGACGUCCAGGAGAUCAGCCAGGGAAUUGGUGCUGAUACUCGCUUGGGCAAGAAGUUCCUCCACGCCGGUGUUGGUUUUGGCGGUUCUUGCUUCGAGAAGGACAUCCUCAACCUCACCUACAUGGCCCGCACGCUUCACCUUGACACCGUUGCCGACUACUGGAUGGGUGUUCUUGAUAUCAACAAGUACCAGCGUGAGCGCUUCGCCCAGAAGGUUCACCGCGCUCUGAACGGCAACCUCCGCGGCAAGAAGGUCGCCAUUCUUGGUUUCGCCUUCAAGGAGAACACCAACGACACCCGCAACAGCAUUGCUGUCCACAUCAUCGCCGAGCUCGCCCACGAGAUGCCCAGCGAGAUCGCCAUCUUCGACCCUGGUUGCGACCCCAAGGAGGUUAUGGAUGAGGUGCGCCAAUCCAUUCACGACCAGCGUGUUCUCGACCGCGUCAAGGUCCGCUCGACGUGGCGCGAGACUGUCCACGGCUCCAGUGCCAUGUGCAUCCUCACCCCCUGGUACCACUUCCGCUACCCCAAGAAGGCCCAGGCUACCGCUCGCCGCUCUUCCAUGUGGAGCAGCGGUGAGGCUUCCCGCGAGGAGGCAGCCGCGUUCUUCAAGGAGGCUCCCUUGUCCGAGAUGGACGUCGUCGAGUUGGAGAAGUUCGUCUCUCGCGGCGCCUCUAACACGCCGGUCGACCCUCUCAAGCGCAUGAAGCCCGAGAACGAAUGCCCCGAGAAUUGCAAGGGCUGCAGUCUCGAUGCCGCAGGCGAGGAUCUCGGCGACCCCAUCGACUGGGAGUGGACUGCCUCUGUCAUGAGACGCCCGCGUCUCGUGCUGGACGGACGUAACGUCGUCUCCGGACCCGAGCUCGAGAAGCUUGGCUUCACGGUACAGGGUAUCGGAAAGGGUCUCGUCAUUUGA